CGGCACCGACUCCAUAUUGCUCUUCUGUUUAUGCGUUGCUCAGGAAAGGAGCUCACGACAAGGAAAGAUUUGUCACCGUUUCUGGAGUAUUUUCCACAGUUUGGCGCGAUGCCCCUAAGCAGAAGAGAGCAUGUUGUAAUCCAAACUUGCAGUAACGUAAGGGUCUAACAGUCAAGAUGUAGACCCAAAGCAUUGAACUCAGCAUUCUACGCUACAGGACAUUCUCAUGCCGUGGCAAAUGGCGGAAACAAUGGCGAGACGGCCUCUGAAAGAUGCCGGCCUGUCCCACACGCAGCGCGACAUCGGGGAGGACCGUUACACAGCCCUACGCAGGCCACGCAAGAUUCGCUUCUUCUCUAAUGGCGAUCGUUUCUUCAAGGGGAAGAAAGUGUACAUUACACCAAAUCGUUAUGUUACAUUUCAAGAUUUACUCGAUGAUUUGACGAAGAAAUUGCCAACACUCACAUCGCUGCCUUAUGGAGUGCGGCAGAUCUUCACACCAGGGGGCGGUAAAAAGAUUCGAGACAUCGAGGACUUAAAGGAUGGCGAGUCCUAUGUCUGUGGAGGAUUUGAGACUUUUAAACCAAUGAAAUAUGGGAAAGAAGACCUGAAGACAUGGCAUUCAGGUCGUACUCAAGCCAAAGAACAGAACAUAUACUCCCACUUUGGCUAUGACAACCCUGGGGUAUAUUCACACGGAGCCUUCCAGCCUAACCGCUUGCGGCAGACAUACCCCAGGGGACGGGUGGGCCCACCUCCCGUCGGGUAUGGUGCUCAGGGGGGGUAUGCCCGGCCCAGUUAUCUGCUUCAGUCCCAUGACAAUGUGCCCAUGAAACCCAAAGUCAUCACUGUGGUAAGAUACGGACCACCGGGACCCAGAACUACUGUCAGGAUUCUCCUCAACCGCCGCAGUGUCCAGUCUUAUGAACAGUUAAUGGGGGACAUUGCCGAAUCUUUCGGAUCAAGGUGGCGGGGACAGCGCAUAGUCAAGUUGUAUUCUUUGCGGGGAAAGGAGGUGAAUGGUGUUUCGGAUUUUUUUCGGGAUGAUGAUGUGUUCAUAGCGACGAGUCAAGAGAUGAUACCGCUCUCAGACGCGCAGGAUAUAAUUGAGGAGUAUUAUAAUGACAGACAAUCUGUACAGGAUCUUCUGGCAGGAUGGCAGAGGCAUCAUAAGAAAAAGAAACAUCGAAAUGUGAUUACAAAGUAUACAUAUAAUAAUAAUGAGGAAGACUUGAAGCGAGACAGUGGAAUAGGAGAUAGUGACGAAAGUUAUAGGGAUGACGUUGACAAUCAAAAAGUGGAUGCUUCUUACACUGAUAAAGUGAAGAAGAAGUCACACAAUCGCCAUGAAAAAGAUAAUCAAAAUAGACAGAAAGAACUUCAAUUUAAAGUACAGGAGGAAAAGGCUAAGGCAGCUCAAGAUGAACAAGAACGUGCCAGGAAAAGACUUCAAAAACGCAUUCAGGAUGAGCGUAAAAUUGCUGAGGAGGAGAGAAGGAAACAAAAUCAGGUAUUGUCUAAAAAGAAAGAGGAUCCAUUCAAAAAGAUGGAUGCUGAGCGAAGAGAAGCUCAGCGGUUAGAGCGCGAGCGAAAGAAAGCUCAGUUGAAAGAACCAGAGAUUCAGGAUGAUGAAGAGGAUGAUCCAAAAUGGCGGAGGUUAGAGUGGAGCCAGGAAGAAGAAAUGGAACGUCAUCAGCGGUCGCGUAAAGACAAGAAGACAGAAAGGGCUAGCAGGCAGAGUAAAAUUUCACCCCCUGCUGGAGACAAACCUGUCAGUGUUAGCCCCGGGAGAGAAAAACUAACUCCAAAAGUUGAUGACAGUUCUAAGAAAACUUACGUCAGCCCUAGUCGGGCCACCCUGACUCCUCGAGUUGACAAUGACACUAAGCAGGAUGUCAGCCCCUCUCGCAGUAAUGUGGAAUCAAAAGUAGACCAAAAUGAGAGUACUAGACAAAGUAGGCAAAGUGUUCCACUCUCAACCUCAAAUAAAACAAAGGAGGACGAGAGAAAUGUCAGGGAACCGAUUAGUGAUGAUAGAACUAGUAGAGAGAUAAAUGAGAGUAGAGAACAAGCAAA